AUGUUCACCUUACUCGUUACAUUGCUUUUUUACUUAAUAGUCAUUGUUCAAGGAGUUCAUUUCCUUGGUGGUACUAUCACUUGGCAUCCACUCAAUGCAUCAGCCACUGGAUCACCUGUCGCUAUUGUUAUCACACAAACUUACUCAUGGACUUAUUCAAAGAUAACAUGCACAAAUGCCAUGAUCGCUUCUAGUCAGUUGAUUCCUGAUGGAGGUUAUUCGUACAUUCCAACUCAAACACUCGAUUGCAUAAGUAAUUGUGCUUCUGGUGCGAGUGGUUAUGUAGCUCCCAGUAUUAGACCUUAUUGUACAGACAUUUCAGCACCUGUUGGAACUACUGUUAGCCAACGCUCAGAUAUAGUCUAUUUGUAUUCAGGUGAUGAUUUCUCAGUUGCAUUUCAGAAUAAGGCCUGGCGUGCUCUGGCAACAGCUGCAGAGGCUACCUGGUCGAUCUCAACACACUUCAUUAUCAAGUCAAGAUCUGAUAAUGGUUUAUACAAUAAUGCACCUGUAGCAACUAUGAUGUCUCCUAUCUACAUUCCUGUCAAUCAACCAACAGUUAUCCAUGUGCCUGUGGCUGAUGCUGAUGGAGAUCCUAUGCGUUGUCGCUGGUCGACUGCAUCGAAUGGAGUAGAUGAAUGUGGAGGUGUUUGUCCACCAGGCUCUCUUCCAGCAAAUACUGUCAUCUAUCCUAACUGUACAAUUGUGAUUACUGGAACAGUUGUUGGCAGCUGGUAUGCAGUAACUCUCAUGGUUUGUUAG